AUGGCAGCUGCACGAGGUUUGCUAGGGAAAGGAACCACACUACUUACAAAACUGCAGCAUAUGGCCCUUUCCCUAACCCAGUCUGGAGCACGGCUUUUCGUUACUAGAUUCUUGAGACAGUUCAUAUCGAUUGGCUGUGUAACGAUACUAGAAGAUGGAGGAACAAUGAUCACGUUCGGAGGAAACGAUUCUAAUUGUCUUUUGAAAUCUAUCCUCAAGAUUCACAGUCCUCAGUUUUACUGGAAGGUUCAUAUACAUAUAUUUAGGACAAUGAGAAAAUAUAAUAGCCAUUCCAUAGCUAAAGAACCUGCUUCACAGGUAAUGACAGAAGCGGAUUUAGGACUUGCAGAUGCUUAUAUCAGUGGAGAUUUUUCUUUCGUCGAUAAAGAUUUGGGAAUGCUGAAUCUGAUUAUGGUAAAUAACAUGCUUACUUUUUCGAGUUUUCUAAUGGGAUGGUGGACACCAAUGUUUUUAACUGCUAGUUUGGCAUCUGUUAAGCAUUUCCUAAAGCAUGUCUCUAGGCAAAACACUCUAACACAAGCUCGAAGGAACAUUUCUCGUCACUAUGACCUUAGCAACGAGCUUUUUAGUCUCUUCAUGGAUGAUACCAUGUCUUACUCCUCUGCAGUAUUCAAGGCAGAAUAUGAGGAUCUAAAAACUGCACAAAUGAGAAAAAUAACUCUUUUGAUAGAAAAGGCAAGAAUAGAGAAGAACCAUGAGGUUUUAGAGAUAGGAUGCGGAUGGGGAGCCUUGGCCAUAGAAGUAGUGAAAAGAACUGGAUGCAAAUACACUGGCAUUACACUAUCUAUUCAACAACUUAAAUAUGCAGAAGCAAAAGUGAAAGAAGCUGAACUUGAGGACAGGAUCACCUUUAAGUUUUGCGAUUAUCGUCAACUAUCUGAUGCUCACAAAUAUGACAGGAUAAUAGCUUGCGAGAUGAUAGAAGCGGUUGGCCACGAGUUUUAUGAAACGUUUUUCACCUGCUGUGAAGCUGUGCUUGCAAAAGAUGGCAUUUUUGUCAUGCAGUUCACGGCGGUACCUGAAGAGCUAUACGAUGAGACCAGACUAACUUCAGGUUUCAUAACGGAAUACAUAUUCCCAGGUGGUUGUCUUCCUUCUUUAGCCAGAGUUACUUCAGCCAUGUCCUCCUCCUCUGGGCUAUGCAUUGAAAACAUUGGGAUUCAUUACUACCAUACUCUGAGACGUUGGAGGAAGAGAAUCUUGGAGAACCAAAAACAAAUCAUGGAUCUUGGAUUCGACGAUAAAUUCAUAAGGACAUGGGAAUAUUAUUUCGACUAUGUUGCCGCUGGUUUCAAGACUCUUACCCUUAGAAACUACCAGAAGAAAACCAUUGCUUGUGAAAACUCUAGACUUCAUGGCUCUGGAGCGUCUCUGGAUAACAAAAAGGCAGCUCUCCGAUUAUCUUUUGAUGAGUUGGAGACAGAGGAGGAUGCAGUUCCGAAAUUCCGGUGGUUCUUGUCUCUGGCGAAUAUAUCCUGA